GUUCUUCAUGACAGGCUACCUGCCGCUGGGCUUUGAGUUUGCGGUGGAGCUGACCUACCCAGAGUCAGAGGGAACCUCAUCCGGACUACUCAACUGUUCGGCACAGGUGUUUGGCAUUAUAUUCACCAUCUGCCAGGGGAAGAUCAUCGACAGCUUUGGCACACUUGCAGGAAACAUCUUCCUCUGUGUCUUUCUUCUAAUCGGUACAAUAAUGACAGGUUUAAUCAAGUCUGAUCUACGGAGACAAAAUGCAAACCUUCUGGCCAAAGCCAAAGCAACAGCAAAAAUGCAUCUGCCUGCGUAAACCUCUCUCCCAGACACCUUAAGAGACGCAAUGGCAACCGACGCUAUUACCCAUGGGUUUUAGCCUCCUCAUCAGGGUGUCUGCCUCCCAUACUCAAGGUCACUGGUUCAAGUCAGAAUCGUGCACUAUAAUUUGGGUCCAGUUACACCUGCAGAUGCUUACAUGUUUAGAAAUGUAUUCGCAGACAUAAUAUACAGUGGGUACGGAAAGUAUUCAGACCCCUUUAAAUUUUUCACUCUGUUUCAUUGCAGCCA